CAAAAGUCUAUAUAGGAUGUUGGUUCAGUGUGUUAGUGGUUAUUAUUUGCAUGUAUGUAGCCAUUUGCGUGUGUAUCUCUGUUUAAUUUUAUGAGAUAUCUGUUCGCUGUUACACGACAUCUGUUUUAAUAGCUCUUUCUUCAUUUCAUUCCACCAACGUUGCUCGUUCUGUUCGGUUCGGUGUUUGGUCUUGAGCUAAGCUUUUUGUGCGUUGUGUGGGGUGCAUAUUACCUAUAAACAAGGGAAGAAAAGAAAAGGUUACAAACAUGUACAAUAAUUACAGUGAUGUUGGCUCUGAGUCUGUUGUUGAUAUUUUUAAAGAAGAAAUUAGAGAUGUGGAUGAGCUUGUGUUUGAAAAUGAUUUAAGAGAUCUCAUUUGUUUACAAUUUGGUUUUUGUGAAGAUGUUUAUGCGCGAUUAGUUGAAUGCGGAUUGGACGUAGAAAGCCUGUUAUUGAUAAAAGAAGAUGACUUGAAGGAAAUUUUCCCUACAAAAAUGUUAGGAACAAGAAUUAAAUUUCGUUCACGAAUUUUUCCAUGGCAACAAAGAUUAGGGGUUCAAAGGAUGGCUCAGUCAAUUCGAACUUCUAGAAUGGUAUCAACAUCGCCAAGAGUAACCAGGACUGUAACAUCACCACCACCACCAUCAAGAACUAUAAGUACAAGAGUUUCAUCACCUCCAGCGACACCUAAAAAUAAUAGUACUGAUAUAAACUCAUUGUAUAAUCUUCUACAAUCUUCACCAAAAGGACGAAUUAUUUUGAAAUUCUUUGAAGACAAUUCUAAAAUAUUAGAUGAUCAUAGAGUUUCUUUAGUUAAUAUUAUUGUAGAUCACUUUAAAGAUAGGCAACUUGCCAUGAAUAUGAGUGAUAUAGUUCGUUAUACAGCAGAAAUAGGAGCUCUAUUUCCAACAGAAGAAAUGAGAUACUAUUAUAGUACUAGGGGAAAAGGACUUAAUCCAAUGGGUAAACUCUACGACAAAGCUAUCAAUGCAAGGAGGAAGAUCAAAAAAACAGGUCCAGACGGCGUUGUUGUUAACAAUAACAAUAAAUCUACUAAUAAUGAUUUCGAGUCAUUUGUUGCAAGUAAAGAAGAGUUAGAAAAAAAAGCCUGGCUGUCCCAAAACAUAGAACCGUGGGAAGAUGUUGUAAAUGUUUGGAAACAAACUUUCAGAAUACGAAGAGCUGACAUUUUAAAGGGAGAAAACAUUUUGGAAAACUGGCCGCUCUUUCAAAACUCAAUGGGUUAUAACUUGAUCGACAUUGAUUUUGUUGAACUUUUUCCGGAUAGCCCUGCAGAUAUUUUAGAUGAAUGGCCAAUUUUUAGAGAAAGUAUUGUACCCUAUCUAAGAGAGAGGAUAAAGGAUCCAGACUCAAAGGAAUUGCUGGAAAGAUUAAAUGAUGAAAUGUCGCAAGAUUCAAAAGAUUGUACAAUAUUAUUUCUCCUCCAUGCGGUUAUAAAACCACCUUUACUAUCGACAAAACUACUCUCACCCGAAGGUGGUAAUAAAAGACGCAAAUGGAAACCAUCUAUUUCUGAUGCAAGAAAUGCAACUAUAUUGCACUGCAUCAGCAUGGAUGACUUUUAUAUAAAAUUUGAAAAUCUUCAAUCGGAAGCUGCUCAAAAAAACAAAGUUAUACAACCACAGCUAAUGGUUAUUGGUGAAAAUCUCACAAAACUCAAGGGAUUCUAUGUGAUGUAUGAUUGCAUUCUCUAUAAAGUACAGUCUUUUGUUAAAUCACUUGAUAUCUUAUUGAAAUUUUACUAUGUUAUGAAUUUGGAAUUUCGUCUUGAAGCAAAGUAUAUUUAUGAACUUAUUGAGAGUUAUUUUUUCAAAAUUAAAAUUUCAUCUAAUCCUAAUAUAAUUGGCUUGACUAAUUAUCUAAAUGAUUGUAAAUCAAAAUAAUUUUAGCCUUUGUAUUUACUUACUUGAUAGUUUAAGUAUUUAGUAUGGAAUUAAUAUGACAUAUUGUUAUAAAAAUUAUUAAAUUUUAUUAAUAAUUAUUU